GCGCCGUGCGUUUACCUCAGUGAGCCGCAUUUAAGAACUAUAUGAAGAACUAUUUCGCUUCAUCCAACAGGCUGGAUAUUUCAGACCAGACGCUUUUUUGACGGCGAGAAGAGCCCAGGUGCACUUACAAAUGCUUGAUUUUUCUUCAUUGUUCUUUUCUCAGUGUUUUAUAGUUUCAUUCUUUCUGGACUAAGGCCAUCUGAAAUACCUUCAUACAAGUUACGCUUGUUGAGAGAAAUCUUCAGUGGACAAGGCACCCACCUCUUGCUCGACUGGGAAUAUCAGUGAAUUGUGGACUGGACUGAUCUUUUAUUAAUAUUGGUUUGCCAUCAUUGUUCCAGCUUCAGAGAUCGGACUGUUUAUUUUUUAUUUUUUCUGAAAUUGGAAUCUCUGUGGUUUCAGUUGGAUAUGUGCAUGGACGUGCGGAUCAAGGAGGAGACAUCCUAACUCCACAUUAUUAUAUGGAUUGAUUUGGCACGAGCGAUGUUUUAAACUCAAUUUAAUUUCAAGUGUUCGUCGGGAAUCAUGAUAAGGAGGGCACAUUUUUUUGAAUUGGAUCCUUCCCUUCAUUCAUUCACAAGUUGAGGACCUUCUAGCGGACAUUUAGCCUACAUUUUUACUGAAUAUUUUCUUUCACUGGCUCAAAAUGGUCGGUUUACAUCUCGGUUACCCUGAACUACGCAAAUGUUCAUGUUGAAGCCAUGUUUUUCGUUCACAAUGUUUUCACAUUCACUAUAUGAAGAAUUAUUCACUAGUUUUAUUCAUAUUUCCUUUUCCAAAAAUAAUGCAAGACAUGGGUGGCCGGAUAAGAUCUCGAUAAAGUAAAUGGAAGUUAUCAGCUGCGUAAUCAGUAAAUCAGAUGAAUUUCAUCGCAGAUAUAAACAUUUUCGUUCAUUUUAAAGGAUGUCUACCAGACUGUGAUUUUAUUCCUUUGACUUAUUGGGAGUUUCUUUUUUUUACGUCCGACCGAACGUGCGUAGGUUUAAAUGUUAAUAAAAGAUCAUGCAAAUGAGCGUGUGAAGACAGACAUCAACAGGUAUAAUGCAUUCCAAGGACAUGGAUUUCAUACAAAUGUUUUUGUGCUUUCUCUUGUGCUGGACUGGAGUCGAUGCCGUUUUCAAUUUGAAAUACACAGUGGAAGAAGAGCUGCGUGCAGGCACAAAGAUAGCCAACGUGACGGCGGACGCAAAAGUUGCGGGUUUUGCACUGGGAAACCGACAGCCUUAUUUGCGGGUUAUCUCCAAUUCCGAGCCCCGGUGGGUUAAUCUGAGCCCCGCCGGACUGCUCAUCACAAAGCAAAAAAUUGAUCGGGACGCUGUUUGCCGACAGACACCGAAGUGUUUUAUUUCUUUGGAAGUGAUGUCGAACUCGAUGGAGAUCUGCGUGAUUAAAAUUGAGAUUAUCGACGUAAACGACAACGCGCCGCGCUUCCCCACUAACCACAUUGACAUAGAAAUCUCGGAAAACGCCGCUCCCGGUACCAGAUUUCCCCUAGAGGGGGCAAGCGAUCCGGACUCUGGGAGCAACGGCAUUCAGACGUACACAAUUACCCCUAAUGAUAUUUUCGGUCUUGAGAUUAAGACGAGGGGAGACGGGUCCAAAAUCGCAGAACUUGUGGUGGAAAAGACUUUAGACCGAGAGACGCAGUCUCGUUACACGUUUGAACUUACAGCGGAGGAUGGUGGAGACCCCCCAAAGUCCGGGACUGUGCAACUUAACAUAAAAGUAAUUGACUCGAACGAUAACAACCCCGUUUUCGAUGAGCCAGUAUACACUGUAAACGUGCUGGAGAAUUCUCCCAUUAACACGUUAGUCAUAGACUUGAACGCUACGGACCCAGACGAAGGAACCAAUGGCGAGGUGGUCUACUCAUUCAUAAACAUUGUCUCCAACCUGACCAAACACAUGUUUAAAAUCGACCUCAAAACAGGCGUGAUAACAGUGAAUGGCGUUUUGGACCACGAGGAAUUGUCCGUCCACGAAAUUGAUGUACAAGCCAAAGAUCUGGGUCCAAAUUCAAUCCCUGCCCACUGCAAAGUGAUUGUUAAUGUAAUCGACAUAAACGACAACGCGCCAGAAAUCAAACUGUUGUCAGAAAACAGCGAGAUGGUGGAGGUGAGCGAAAACGCUCCUCUCGGAUAUGUAAUAGCUCUGGUGAGAGUCUCAGACAGUGAUUCGGGAGCGAAUGGAAAAGUGCAGUGCAGACUGCAGGGCAAUGUGCCUUUUAGACUCAACGAGUUUGAGAGCUUCUCCACCUUACUUGUUGAUGGCCGUCUGGAUAGGGAGCAGAGAGACAUGUACAAUUUGACCAUUCUAGCCGAGGACAGCGGGUAUCCCCCGCUCAGAAGCUCAAAAUCUUUUGCAGUGAAAGUAACGGAUGAAAACGACAAUCCCCCGUACUUCACCAAGCCGCAUUAUCAAGCCAUGGUCCUCGAAAAUAACGUCCCAGGUGCGUUUCUGCUGGCGGUGUCCGCCAGGGACCCUGACCUGGGCAUGAACGGCACUGUGUCCUACGAAAUCAUCAAAUCGGAGGUGCGGGGCAUGUCUGUGGAAUCUUACGUUACCGUGAACUCAAACGGCGAAAUCUACGGCGUUAGGGCUUUUAAUCACGAAGAUACGCGGACCUUUGAGUUUAAAGUCACUGCAAAGGAUGGGGGAGAUCCACCUUUGACCAGCAACGCCACCGUGCGCAUUGUUGUACUGGAUGUAAAUGACAAUACACCUGUGAUGACCACCCCGCCCCUCGUGAACGGCACGGCGGAGGUGUCCAUUCCUAAAAAUGCUGGAGUUGGUUAUUUGGUUACACAAAUAAAAGCUGAUGAUUACGAUGAGGGGGAAAAUGGAAGGUUAACGUAUUCAAUUUCAGAAGGAGACAUGGCAUACUUUGAAAUAGAUCAGAUAAACGGCGAGGUGCGAACCACAAAGACGUUUGCGGAGAAUGCGAAACCAUCCUAUCAAAUAACCGUGGUGGCGCACGACCACGGCCAAACUUCUCUAUCUGCCUCUGCCUAUAUUGUCAUUUAUCUCUCUUCUAAUCUCAAUGCACAGGAGCAAAUCGGACCCGUCAACCUGUCUCUCAUUUUCAUCAUUGCCCUGGGUUCUAUUGCAGUCAUCCUGUUUGUCACAAUGAUCUUUGUGGCAGUCAAGUGCAAAAGGGAUAACAAGGAAAUCCGAACAUACAACUGCAGGGUGGCGGAGUACUCCUACGGCAACCAGAAGAAGUCCAGCAAGAAGAAGAAGCUGAGCAAGAACGACAUCCGCCUGGUGCCGCGGGACGUGGAGGAGACGGACAAGAUGAAUGUGGUGAGUUGCUCGUCUCUCACCUCUUCGCUCAACUACUUCGACUACCACCAGCAGACUCUGCCGAUGGGCUGCAGGCGCUCCGAGAGCACCUUCCUCAACGUGGAGAACCAGAACUCCAGGAAUGCUGCACCCAACCAUGGCUACCACCAUACCUUCACAGGGCAGGGCCCUCAGCAGCCUGACCUCAUCAUCAACGGCAUGCCGCUGCCUGAGGUGAGAUUUGCUCCAGUCUGCUCCAUCCUUCAGCCUGCCACGGCUACCAGCGUCAAGGGAGGGGUGGCGGAGUACUCCUACGGCAACCAGAAGAAGUCCAGCAAGAAGAAGAAGCUGAGCAAGAACGACAUCCGUCUGGUGCCGCGGGACGUGGAGGAGACGGACAAGAUGAAUGUGGUGAGUUGCUCGUCUCUCACCUCUUCGCUCAACUACUUCGACUACCACCAGCAGACUCUGCCGAUGGGCUGCAGGCGCUCCGAGAGCACCUUCCUCAACGUGGAGAACCAGAACUCCAGGAAUGCUGCACCCAACCAUGGCUACCACCAUACCUUCACAGGGCAGGGCCCUCAGCAGCCUGACCUCAUCAUCAACGGCAUGCCGCUGCCUGAGACGGAGAAUUAUUCCAUUGACUCAAGUUAUGUAAACAGCAGAGCACACCUAAUUAAAAGCACUUCAACAUUUAAGGACAUGGAAGGAAACAGUCUGAAGGACAGUGGCCACGAGGAGAGUGACCAAACCGACAGCGAACAUGACGUUCAGAGAGGGCACUAUGCCGACACAGCUGUCAAUGACGUACUGAAUAUGACCGUACCCCCCAACAACUCGCAGCUACCUGACCAAGAUCAGUCAGAGGGUUUCCACUGCCAAGAUGAAUGUCGUAUCCUGGGCCACUCUGACCGCUGCUGGAUGCCCCGGGUGCCUGUGCCGGCAAGAGCCAAGUCUCCUGAACACGGCCGCAAUGUCAUCGCUCUGUCUAUCGAGGCCACCACCGUGGACGUACCUCACUAUGAGGACUGUGGCACCACCAAAAGGACUUUUGCCACCUUUGGCAAAGACGGGCCAGAUGAGGAGCGGGCUGAACAGAGGGGCAGGCGGCAAACGGCGGAGCCGGCCGUCUGCAGCCCCAAGACCAACGGCACCGUGCGCGAAGCCGGAAACGGCCGGGAGGCCGUCAGCCCCAUCACCUCCCCAGUGCACCUGAAGAGCCCCCAGUCCAAACCACCCUCCACCUACAACACGCUGAAAUGCAGAGACGCAGAGCGCAUAGCCAACCACAGCCUGCUGCGGCAGCCGGAGGGGAAGGACAGUGAGCCGGCCAUGCGGGAGAUCAACACGCUCCUGCAGGACGGCCGUGAGAAGGAGUCCCCUGGCAGCAAGCGGCUGAAGGACAUUGUGCUUUAACCGGCUCCCACGUGUACACAGAGCGCAUACACUACUACGAGUGUGUGUGAACGUGUGCGUGUGUAUAUUUGUGUGCUUUUUGCAAGCGUCGAGCCGAGCGGGCCUGGGGAAGGGAGACACAUGUGCAGCACAAUGUAUUCUCCAGUGACCGAACAAACUAAGCUGAAAAUGUGUCUGUGAGCUCAGACUGUCAUCGUGGCUUGGUAGUAACAGCAAUGCUUGUACAUUCGUCGCAAUUGUCUUUCCGCAGUGGACAGGCUGGUUACUGUGUGCUGCGUGACACACUCCACCC